CGGUACCCGGGGCGGCGGGGGCGCGGCGGGCGGUGGCUGCUGGACAGAGAGGGCCAAGCGCCGGGGCGGGCCGCGCGUGACGCACUUCCGUCCUGCGUCUUCCGGCUUAAAGGGGAGCUAGACCUUCCUCAUAACAACAAAACCAGCGCGCUCGCGCCGGGCGCCGCGGUUUCUCGUCCCCGCCCUCCCGCCACCUGCAGCCGCCUUGACCGCGCCCGGCCCUGCGCCGCCGCGCAGCUGUGUCCUGCCCGAGGGGUCAGGCUGAGAGCGGGCCGCGCCCUUUGGCCAACUUCUCCAGCGGCCACCGCGCCACCUCGCGAGACCCUGGGCCGUGUCGUGGCCGCCGUCGAGCAGCAGGAAGGGAGCGGCCGCUGCGGAGGACGCCCGGCAGGACUGUGCUGCCGGCGGCCCUGCCCGGGCUCGAAGGGCGACGGUGGCGGGCCCCGCGGCCUUCUUUCAGUCCGGAGCCCGGCGGAGCCCGGACCUGGCGGGGAAAGCUGCACCCACGGCCGGGCCCCCCAGACCCCGCCGCCGCCACCGCCGCCACUGUCCAUCAUCCUUGGUACCGGCAAUGGCCUUUGUAUCACCCGAUGCACUUGUGACUGACUUGGACACGGAGUAUUAAGAACCUACUUGCCGCCCUCCCCAUACCAGUCGCGCCGGCAGUUACCACCUCGGCUCAUUUGGGCUUAAGUACUGCUCCUCUUGACUCUGUUCAACUUUGGGGGCACCAUGGACCAAAGUGGGAUGGAGAUUCCUGUGACCCUCAUCAUUAAAGCACCGAAUCAGAAAUACAGUGAUCAGACUAUUAGCUGCUUCUUGAACUGGACCGUGGGGAAACUAAAAACGCAUCUGUCUAACGUGUACCCUAGCAAACCAUUGACGAAGGAUCAAAGAUUGGUGUAUUCGGGCAGACUGCUUCCCGAUCAUCUGCAGCUGAAAGACAUUCUCAGAAAACAAGAUGAGUAUCAUAUGGUUCAUCUAGUGUGUACUUCUCGGACUCCUCCCAGUUCUCCAAAAUCCAGCACCACUAGAGAAAGUCAUGAAGCAUUGGCAUCCAGCAGCAAUUCUAAUUCAGAUCAGUCAGGAUCAACAACUCCAUCAUCCAGUCAAGAAACCUUGUCUUUAUCUGCCAGUUCUUCCUCGGAAGGAUUGAGGCAACGUACCCUUCCACAAGCACAAACCGACCCAGCACAGACUCAUCAGUUCCCAUAUGUAAUGCAAGGAAAUGUGGACAACCAGCUUCCUGGGCAAGCUAUUCCAGCUGGAUUCCCAGUGUAUCCUGCUUUCAGCCCGCUGCAGAUGCUGUGGUGGCAACAGAUGUAUGCUCAUCAGUAUUAUAUGCAAUAUCAAGCUGCAGUUUCAGCUCAGGCUACAUCAAAUGCCAACCCAGCCCAGCCUGCUGCUUCACAGCCUCUAAAUUUGGCACAUGUUCCUGGAGAAGAAGCUCCACCAGCUCCAAACCUAGUGGCCCAAGAAAAUCGACCCAUGAAUGAGAAUGUUCAAAUGAAUGCACAGGGAGGUCCAGUGCUAAAUGAAGAAGACUUCAAUCGAGACUGGCUGGACUGGAUGUACACGUUCUCCCGAGCUGCAAUUCUCCUUAGCAUUGUAUACUUCUAUUCUUCUUUUAGUCGUUUUAUCAUGGUAAUGGGAGCCAUGCUGCUGGUUUAUUUACACCAAGCUGGAUGGUUUCCUUUUAGGCAAGAAGGAGGUCAGCAGCAGGCUCCCAACAAUAAUGCCGAAGUUAACAAUGAUGGGCAAAAUGCCAACAACCUAGAACUUGAAGAAAUGGAGCGUCUUAUGGAUGAUGGGCUUGAAGAUGAGAGUGGAGAAGAUGCAGGUGAAGAUGCCAGUGCAAUUCAAAGGCCUGGUUUAAUGGCAUCAGCUUGGUCUUUUAUCACCACCUUCUUUACUUCACUGAUACCAGAGGGGCCUCCCCAGGUUGCCAAUUAGACCUGAAAAACUGUGCCAGCUCCGAAGGAGGGUCUGACUUUAGGAAAGUGUUUUAAAUAACAGUGCAAUUUCAAAAAAAUUUAUUACUUUCUUUUCAU